AUGCUGCUGUACCUUUAUGAAUAUACAAGAAAGUGUGGGAAAACUGGAGAAGGUGCAGAGAUUGUGGUGUGGUACAACCAGCCAGCUGCUUUGAUGCUCCAGCAGUUUGCACUCUGCGCCGGGCGGUGCGCGCAUUGCUUGGCCCUGAUUGGCUCCCGCUUCCCGAGGGGGCGUGACGGUCAUGGCUGCGGCGCCGGGCGUGACGGAGCGGUGUCGCUGCUUCUUGCAGACGUGGGGCAGCCCCGCGAGGACUACUGUAUCCUGCAGCACUCCAACAGAAUCUGUGUCAUCACUCUAGCAGAAUCUCAUCCUGUUCUUCAAAAGGGAAAAACUAUUAAGAAUAUUAAUUACCAAGUUACUGCUCACUGUAGCAGACUUCAAAAUAAGGUCUCUGGGAAGUCAAAGCGGGGUGCCCAGUUUUUAACAGCACUUGCCCCCCUGUGUAGGAUAUCUUGUUCAGAUGGAGAAGAAUAUACUAUACAUAGUUGUAUAAGAGGUCGGUUGAUGGAAGUGAAUGAAAACCUUCUUAAUAAUCCAGCUAUUCUGCAAGAGAAGCCGUCUACUGAAGGGUACAUUGCAGUAGUACUGCCAAAAUUUGAAGAAAGCAAGAUUGUAACUCAGGGACUUUUGACACGGGAGGAAUAUGAAGGAAUCUUGUUGCAUCGUCUUAAUUCCAGCUCCUGAAGUUAUUUCUACCUGAACACACAGAUGUACGUUACAGA